CAGAGUUUGUCAGGGAAAGAAUGGUACAAACAACAAGCUUCCAGGGCUGUGAAUCAGGCUAUAGGCAGAGUGAUUAGACAUAAGGAAGACUUUGGUGCUAUUAUUCUCUGUGAUACCAGGUUUGCCAAUCCUGAUGCGGUGAGACAACUACCAGUGUGGGUCAGACCUCAUGUAAACAAGUAUGAUGCCUUUGGUUUAGCUCUCAAAGAUGUGAUGGUGUUCUUUAAAACAGCUGAGAAAAUGAUGCCAGCUCCGAAACCACCCAAGAGGUCAGUGUCCUCUAGUUCUCACGGUGCUUACUUUAUGCCAACUAUUACACGAUCAGGACAUGCCGGACCAAGUGGUGUUCAACCAGCACAUGCUGUGAUGCAACAUGUACCAAGCUUAAAACAUAGAGGUGAAUCUGUUAGUAAUGACAAGUUAAGAGAACAGUAUCAAAGUGCAGGGAGGUCAGCUUCAUCAUCAUCACAGAAAAGCUUGUUUUCUGCUCUUGAUCAUUCAGAGAAAUGUCAAGAAGAAAGAUUGCCUACAUCACCGUUACCAUCUUUACAACAAAGCUCAGCAAGUGGUGCAUUAAGAAAGCAGCAAAGUAAAAAGAAAAUUGUAAUAAAGAAACGUGCCAGUGAAUCAGCACCUAUAAUACAGGAGAGUACAGAGGUAUCUUCUAAAGUUUCAAUGUCACAUCUGAACUCGGCUGAAAGUUAUAUUGCAGAGGUGAAGAGCACACUAAGUGGAGAUUCCUAUAAGAUGUUCUCACGAGCAUUGGUGGAGUAUAAGAAGACUGAAGAUAUAGAUAAAGUUAUAGAAGUUCUGGCUACACUCUUCACAGAUGAUACAGCCAAACAUCAUCUGUUUGCAAAAUUUUACAGAUUUGUAAGGGCUAAACAUAAAGAGCAUUUUCACAUAAUGUGUCAGGAACUAACUGGGUUAGCAACAGGUUAUAAAGCAGAGGACACUGUAAACAAGAAAAGAUUACAGGACUAUAUAGCCUGUCAUGAGAGUGCAUCAAAGCGUGUUAAAGUAGAGGAUGGUACAAAUUCGUUCAUUAGCUCGAUACAGUCGGGUAAUGAGUCUGGAUAUACAUGCUGUUCAUGUGAGAAGUCUGCUAAGUUACCAUUUAUAUCUCAGUGUGAACAUAUUUGUUGUAUGGACUGUUGGAGAAAAGUGUUUGAGGGGGAUAAACUCUGUCCCUCAUGUAAACAGAGAGUUCGCAGACGGCAUUUAACCAGACUUGCAUUUAAAUUAAGUGGGGAAACAGAAGAUGAUACUGACAUGAAGACUUGA